AUGCGAAAAAUGUUUGUUUCUGACGAUACAAUCUGUGCCUAUCAAUCAGAACAAAAGAAACAAAUACUUACAAUUUCAACAAUCGGAUUUCGACGAGCGAUGACACGACAACGCAAUGCGAGAAUAUCAACAGAUCGAUCGCAGCAGACAAUUGGCAAUGUGAAGAUAGCGUUUCCGGGUUUCAAUCAGCGUCGUGCUGAUCCUGCCAAGCGAUUUAAUCGCGUGUCGGUUCAGUGUGUUACCAAUCAUUCCACAGCACCAUCAAGGUUUUUUAAUGAGUAUAUGACGAUUGAAAAAGAAAAAGCAGCUCAAACAGGACGAUGGAUAUUGAAUGUUAUCUCUGCUCAAGAAGCGUAUCAAAACGAUUGGAAUGUGUCAGAACAACAAGUACCUAAUAAGACAAAACACAGUCUUCAAUCGAGAAAAUCUAGUAGAGUUGAACCAGUAGAAAAUUCAACAGGUCGGUGUUUCCAUGUCCCACUUCCUCAAACCCAAAUGAGACCAAGUCAAAAUCAAUUGCUACCACAGCCGCAAUUCAUUUCGACAGCAACUGAGAAUACUCGUGCGCAUCGUUUAUCCGAACUUUCCGAUAUGACAUCGAUUGAAGAUGUUCAUACAACAAACAUUUCUGAUCAAACCUCACACAUAAAAUCGGUCGAUUAUUCUACAGAUGAUUUCGAGAACGAUGAUGAUAGUGCUUGUAUAUCAAAGCGAAUGUUGAUUAUUUUUUCGGUAAUCGGAGCGAUUGUUGUUGGUGCGAUCAUUAUUGGUGUUUUUGUGACAGUAUUCGUUGCUGGGAAAUAA